CUCUCUUUAUAAAGCAGGAUACUGGGGAAAAUUCCUUCACUCUGACACAAGGAAGUUGGAUAAUUCAUCUGGGUAUCUAAGCGCAACGAGCAUUUGAGGACAAUGGCUGCAGCAUCUGAGAGAGUGGUAACGGCGAAAACUCAGAGCGUUAAAAAGGUGUCCAAACCACUAAUGGAGAAGAAAAGAAGAGCACGUAUUAAUAAAUGUUUGAAUCAGCUGAAAAGUCUCCUGGAGAGUGUCUGUUCGAACAAUAUCCGCAAGAGAAAACUGGAAAAGGCUGACAUUUUGGAGCUGACGGUUAAACAUCUGAUGCAUCUGCAAAACACCAAAAGAGGAGCGCCCACAGUUUGUGACUCUGUUGAAUAUCACGCUGGCUACAGAAGUUGUCUGGCCACUGUCAGUCAUUAUCUUCUCGCUUCGGACGCAGGCAGAGAUUCCCGCUCCAUCAUGCUGGCACAUCUUAGGAGCGGUUCUAACGUCGUUCCUGAUUUCAGUACCGCGGAAAGCGACACUGCUCGGAUCCCUGCCUCAAAUUGUACACUUCUUCGAUCACACAAAGCUCCGCUUAAAACAGACGCUCCUUAUCCCAACUUGCAGCAAACCUCAGACAGAUAUUUCUGCUCUAUGCCGAAUAGGAUUGAGAUUUGUGAUACGGACAAAAUAUCAUUUAACGCACAGGCUGGAACCCAUGGAUCCAAGAAGCUCAAAACCACACACUUCAGUCUUAAAAAUACCAAGGCUGACGAGUGCUGCAAUUUUUCUGAAGCCUUGAAACAGAAUUAUUGGCGGCCUUGGUAAAUCUGAAGAAUUUCAAAUGUCACUGUUUUAACACUUUAGACUUUAGGCUUCAUAUGCACUGUAAAUGUAGAUCAUAUUUUUUGAUAAAUGAUGACAAAUGUUUAUUUUAAUAAUAAAAGACUACACCAUUGGAUUGGAAUGGCUUAUUAUGCAAACGGACAAAAUGUAUGACUAGAUGUAGACGUCAACUGCUGCUGAGAUCGAAUGAAUGACUUUUACUUUGAAAUGGAAUUAAAUAUUUAGAAUGCACUGCAUUGGUAAUGUUAUACGUCAUAUCAUUCUUUAUGAAAAGUAAUCUCUGUUUGAAACAGGCUUACCUCAAAUUUAUGCUGUUGACUUAACAUGUAAAAGGCUGAAUUCUGGCCACCAUACUCUACAAAAUCCAACACCUCGAUCUCACUGUAAAAAAAA